UUAGAGCAGCGCCCACAGCGCCACGGCCACAGAUAUUGUUUGUCAAUAAUUAUUUUUCAUCAGUUCGUAGCUUUGUCAAAAAAUCUUUCAUACAUUUACAAUAAUGUAAACUUUCCAUCUGAUAAAUAAAUACGACUACAUAUACUUAAUUUAUCACUAUAAAUUCCAUAGUAUAUUAUUUAUUCUUAAGGUUUUAUUAAAAUAAUAUAUGUAGACAUGUGAAUUUCCGUAUGCAUAAAAGUGAUAACUAAGAAAAAAAUUUAACGUCGUACGUGUUUAAGUUGAACAUUCUUGUGACUGUCAAUGGGUGCCUGUGAAUGAUUAAUUACUUUUACAUUAGUAAAGAAAUUCGAUAAUUUGUUAGUUAUUUACGAACAAGUUUUUUUUUUGUUUUACGACAAAUGAUUCUCAACAUAUGAGUAAUUAAAUAAAAAUAAAUUUUUCAAAUUCGAUGGGCGCUUUCAUGAUGACGAAUAUAAAGGAGAUAUUGAUGCACGGAGAUGGUGUUGGAGAUAGAGUUGACAAAGUUGUUAAAAAAUUAUUAAUAACAUCAAGUUGAUGUACGACUGGUGAAUUAUUUAGAUCAACGUAGUUGAGUAAAUCGGGAGAACGUUGGGAGGAUUUAUUUAUUUAUUUGAUUAAUUUUGUUUGUAUAAAAAAUAAAAAGGAUAAAAAAAUCAAUUUACAUGAAACGAACAAGCCGCAUAAAGAGAAAUACUCUCUUUUGAGAAGGUUAAGCGGUGACUAAAUUUUAUUCAGAUGAACAAUGAACCAUUCGGGAAGCGGUAAACGUCAGGCGAAGGUAUUGGAAGAUAAUUAUUGGGACUGCAGUGUCUGCACGUACAGAAAUACAGCAGAAGCAUUCAAGUGCCUAAUGUGCGACGUCCGUAAAGGUACUUCUACGCGGAAACCCCGCAUCAAUCCUCAAUUGGCUGCUCAACAGGCUGCACAACAACAGUAUGUGCCUCUGUUGAAGCCAGGUAAAAAAGAAGGCGGCAGUGGGAGUAGUACGACAAGUUCGUCAAAGGAUAACAAAGAACGUAAAUUGGAUAAGCCGAGGAGGAAAAACCGGCAUCCACCGCGAUUGAAAAAUGUUGAUCGCAGUACUGCCCAAACAAAUGAAGUAACUGUUAACAAUGUUACCGUAAUUAUAACCGAAUAUAAGCCUAAAGUUAAAAAGAACUCUGACCAGUCGGGCUUAUCGAGUAGUGCUUCUUCGGAAAAUGGAAGUCAGCAUGACUCCAAUCAAGACUCACGGAGUCUAGAUAUUGGUACUGACGCUUGAAAUUACUAGUUGAUUGUUUUAUUAAUCAUUAUUAUUAUUAUUAUUAUAUGUAUUGAUAAUUAUAGAUUAAUGUAUAUUUUUUAUUAUCUAUUAUCUGCAUCGUCGGUACGGUUUUCAUUUAUGUUAUUUCUUUGUCAUGUUUUUUUGUACUGCCACUAAUUUUAUCAUUUCUACGAGUAACUAAUAUUUCUAAAUUUAUUCGUUUUCUUGCACAAUUUUUUUUUUUAACGAGAAUAUUCUUAUUCUUAAAUUUUAUUCAUUAAAUCAAAUGGUGCAAGUGCCUUUUUAUUUGAUAAAGACUGUUCAUUAUGCCCAAUUACACACAAAAUCAUUUUUUUUUCUUUGAAAAAGUUUUUCAAUAUUUUGGGUCUUCCCCUAAGAUUUUGUUCGUACACUAAAUGUUGAAGAAAUAAAAAAAAAAAUAAUAAUAUUACGGCCAGUCAACAGACUUAGAGUCAUUAUUAUUUUUUAUGUAAGCAUUUAGUAAUUUUAAUUGUUCAAUUAACACUGCCAUAGAGCAAAACAUAAAAUGAUAUUUUUUAUUUAUAAUUUAUAAUUUAAAUAAAUAGUUUUUCGUUUUUAUGUUGAUCGAAAUAAAUGCAGUAGAACAUAAAAAUAUUUAAAAGUAAAAAAAGAUAAAGCAAUUUUUACUGUUUAUCAUUCCGAAGUUAAUAGCAACUGAUCUUUAAAUAUUUUUGUAUGAUUUAUUUUUAAAUUUCAUAGAUCUCAUUUAUUGUAAACGAUGUUUGAAAUUUUUACUGCAUUUAAUGAAAGAUUUUUAAUGCGCAUAAUGUUAUUUUGUUAUCUAAAUAAUUUUUUAAUAGCGUCAAAUUAACAAUAUGCCAUUAUCUAAAUGAAUAAAUAUAUAUAAGUGUGUAAAUAAUAGUUUAAUAAUAGGACAAUAGUCCUGAGUACUUCAUUUUGAAGUAUUAAAAUUAUUAGCAAACCAAUAGCGGGGAUGGGAAAAUAUUCCACUAAAUGAUUAUUUGGUAAUUGAUUUAAUUAUUAAAUAAUUAAUAUUCAAUUUACUCUUGUAAUUAAAAAUAUACUGUGGAUAUAUAUAUAAAUAUAUAUAAUUUUGUUUUUUUUUUUUGUAAAAAGGUGCUGUAGAUGUGAAUUAAUUAUUGAAAUUAUAUUUUUCGCAAGGAUAUUAAUGGAAAUGAUAACUCAGCACACUUUUUCCAAUGGAAAAUAAAAAUAAAUUAAUUACAAGCUAAUGAAAUAAUAAUUUUGUACUUUUAAGAUGUGAUUUAUGUUUGGAUGUAAAUGCAUUCUCUUUAUAGUUUAUUAAUUAAAAGAAAAUGCAUCUCAAUCGUAUAGUUAAUUGUACGUUAUAUGUGACUAAAUUAAUCAUUUACUGCUGCGUGAAUUGCAAAUAAAUUUGUUGAAUUGGAAAAUAGUAACAAAGUUAUUUUUUUUUCGGUAUUAAUUUUUGUUUUUUAUUUUAUAUAAAAGGAAGUAUUAUAUAAAUUUUUCGAAAAAGUAAUUUAUCUGUUGUUUAUUUAAAAUUUAUUCAUCAGUAACUUCCAUUUCUUCAGACCCUUGAAUAUUUGCUGGGUCAGUUUCGUUAUUCUGGACUGGUUCAAUCAAUUUUCUUGAUCGGAAUCUUUCAUUUACUAAAGAAAAAAAUUAAUUGUUUUUGUAAUUAUAAUUAAAUAAAAAUGACAGUAGACUGGAUGAUUAAUUUGAUGAUUAAAAAAUAAAUGAAUUUACCUGUUGUUACUUCCGUUAAAUCCCAUACUUUGAAAUUGUUUGAUUUAUGAUCGCCACCAGCAGCAAUUAUAAAUGGACUAUCAGGCGAUGAAGUCAGACACUGAAUGGCUCCUAAAUUCGUUUCUGUUUCCCAAACAGGCUCUAAUAAUUGUGGAACCAAUGAGUCCCAUACUUUAAUUACUCCGUCAUCGGAUGCCGUUACCAAAAAUCCUGGACAUGACACACUAAGUGAUAAACCUGUUAUUUCUUUGUCAUGAGCUUUUACUUGCCACAAAUGCUGUCCUUGUCUAAUGUCGAUGCAUUCAACAAUACCGUUUUUGGUACCCAC